AUGAAUGCCGAGAGUAACUUUGCUUCCACGCCCGUUCCAUGGGCCCUCAUGUUAGACUAUGAGCGCGCUGAUGCUGUUCUUCAACUACUUCGGCAAUUUUCUUUUUUUUACGCAGAUAAAUUGAUACUCGUGGAACGGGAAGAAGUUAUUUGCUCUGCUGGAAUGGAUUCUGAUGAUAUGGACUAUCUUGUCAUUAAUGGUUCGGUGGGGAAUGCUCGCAAGGAUGCCUUUUUGAAACUUCUUCGCUUGGCACGGUUGACCCUUGUACAAGAUAUGGCUUCCCAGGUUGUGGUCUGCCCCCAAAUUGGGGACCUGCUCCCUAAUGCUAUGCUACACCCUCUUUGGGAAACUGGCCAAGUAAGAGGAUUUCGAAAAUGGAACUGUAUUUAUUGGGCAAUGCGAUGCGGACUUCUUAGAAAGAUCAAACGGAGAAGAGAAAUGAUACAGGUGCAUGUGGAGCAAAUUUUAAACUCAAAGGCGCAAGCAAUGGGUUCGAAUUCUCCUGAGGAAGCGGUUGGAAUUAGCCUCGUAAAUGAAGCGUCUUUUUAUAACUCAUUUCGAGAUCUGCUUGAGUUGGAACAGGAAGAGCAAAAUGCCCCUCUUGAGUUGUAUCAUACUGCAUUUAGCGAAGAAAGAGUCAAUCUUUCUACUGUGAUCGCCACUGUACCUACCCUCAUUGUGCUGUGGGCUAGCUGGGACACGACGUCAAUAGACUGGCUGCGGGGACAUCUUUUCAACGUCGCAAAGACUUCGAAAGCGAAGAAUGCAUCGACAUCGGGUUUGUAUCUGAAGGAUGAUCCUUGGCUAGAAACUGUGCAGCAUUUUGUUCAGGUGCCUGGACGCAUCCUAGUAAAUAAACGAAGGAGAGUAAAGAGGUACUUAAAACGCGCUCAGCUUGUGUUAAUUAGUGUAGACCGUGAAAAGUCUGCUGCUUUUAAGGCUCUCAGUGGUCUCGUCGCUGAAGUCUCCGGGUGGAGGAGUCCAGAAGUUCCGUUGAUACCAUUGUGGUGUGGGCCUGAGGGUCUUCAAAGUGACUUGGCUACGGAACUCAAUAUCGCCGCACUUCCUUUUUUUGUGGCGACCCAGCUGCCUGAUAAAAAAACGAGGGCAUUCGGUGAUGGGGGUUUUCCUCGUAUAUGUUACACUACAUCCCGUACCGAAGACGAUAUAAUUUCAGAGGCGGACAUGAAGAACAAAAUUGAGGAGGCUACUGAGAAAAGUGUUGAAAUUAGCGAUUGGCAUUCCAUUGAAAAAAACGAGCGAAAAAAUGUUAUGCGUGUUAUUCGCCGCUUUUUGGCCUCCAGUGAUGCGCCGUUAAAAUUUAUUGCCCGUGUGGAUCGCACCUACCAAAUGGACCACGCCUCCGCAGCGCUGGCGACAAUUUGCCCGAAACCUGAAGUAUCUUCUUUUGUGUCCAUGUCUGGAAUCAUUUCAACGCCCGAUCUACUGAAAUUAAAGGAGGGGAUUUGUGUCCUUUCUCGAGUUCGGAAUUUCUUCUUUGAUGUAAAGAUUAUGAAGCCUUCUAGUCCUAUAGUUGUUGAGCUGAAUCCUCAAACGCCAACUCGGUAUAUUAUUGGAUCAGAACGUAAUAUUACAUGUAGUGAGUGUCUGCGAGAAGUUUUUAUUGAUAAGGAACAUCACUUUCGCUGCCUUCAUUGUGAUCAAAGUGGGGGGGUGGUAUGUAGGGGCUGUUUUGCGGCUGGAAAGCAUCCACAGAAUCAUGUGUUACUCCGCAUUCCUGCCUGCGCGAAGACAAACUUGUCCCUUCUCUGGGGUCCAUCGAAUGUGUCGCCGUUGGCUCUUUUUUGUGGAACACUCCUGUCAAACGUGAAAGAGACUCACAUUGGGGUCUACUGCAACGUUUGUUCGCACCUAAUAAGUGGAGUGCGAUGGAAGUGUGCAAUGUGUUAUCAGUAUGACUUGUGUGAUCGCUGUGACGGAAAGCGAAAUCGUCGUGAGGCGUUUAGGUAUGACGCCGAUUCCUCAAUCGCUUCAACGGGGCUUCCCAGCCCCAACAACGCUUUCGCCCCCACCACCACGCAUCCCAAGGAGCACUUGUUUCUCUGCAUUCGCCACGGCUGCGGCGUGGACGGUGACGCAUGCCUGAACCCUGUAAUGGAGCAGAGUUCACUGCCUUGCUUCAUUUCACAGUAA